AUGCUUUAUAAUUUUGAUUUUCCAUAACAACAAAGUCCUGUAUAGUAAAUUAAUUAAUCAUAGUAAAAUAAUAAAACUUAGAAGAAUGUUUCAACUUAAAAAUCUCUAAGUCAAAUUUCAAUUUUAGAACUUCAACAAACUAAUGAUAUUAAACACAAAUUAUUACCUCUUUUGAAUAAUAAACUUAAAUAAAGAAAUUCAAUCAAACUUGGUGCUUAAAGUCCUAGAUUGAUGUAAUUCAAAAGUGACAAUUCACUCGAUGUUCAAAACAAAAGAGCUACUCGUAGAUAAUUACCUUCUAUAUAUUUGAAACAAAAUAAUAAUAUUAUGAAACCAACUUAUUCACAAGAUAAGUUGAGCUUAAGUCCUCAGAAAUAAGAUUUAAAUCAAAUAAGCAAACGAAUUCUUACUGAUUGUGCAGAUAUCUAUCCAUCAGAUAGAUUAAGUCUCAGAAAACUUAAUGAAUUACUCAAUAGUCAUAAUAUAAAAAUUCCUUAGCGUACUACAACAUAACAUUUUCCUGAAGUUUAAGAACUUUAAGAUCUGCCUAAAUAAAUUGAAUAUAUUUUCAAGAAAAAUAAUAUCAAUCCAAUAAAAAUGAAAGCCAAUUUACAAUUUUAUAGUCCAAGAGAGUAGAAAAACACAACUUAAUCAAUUGAUUCUUUAAUUAAAUUGUUAAAAAAAUGA